GCGUAUCCAUCUAUCUAUAUAUUUGCAGUCAGCGAAGAGUCUCCACGUCUCCUCCACUUCUCCUCUACCUUCUCGCCGGCGACGGCGGCGGGAUAUUUCCGGCGAUCUCACAGCCGGAAUAUUCCACUCUCAAGAUUCAAGGCACCUUUAAGCUGAAUUGUUUAAAGAAGGCUGUUACUUCGAUUGAAGGGGAAGGAGUUCCAUCUCUUUUUAAGCUCUGGUUGCAGAUAAUGGGCUUUGCCAAAGAUCACGGUCAGCUCUUGUCUAGAUUUCAAAAGGUUUGUCCCAGUUCUUUUUCAACCAGUUGGCGUAUCAUAUGAAGAGUACUUUCUCUUGAUAUUGAGCCAUAUCACAACGAGUCAUCAUCAUGGGUAGUUGUGUGUCAACAUCAAAUAGAACAACGAGGUCAAGAAAGUACUCUCUAAGAUCAAGAAAAAGGAAACGAAAGGUUUCGGCUGCAGUUUCUGAUGCCCCCAAAACCCUGAUCAGCAAUAGUGGAAACUGUUAUGCUGUUAAGGAGUAUGUUCGUGUUGAGCCUGCUGCUGCAAAUCGUAGAAAAUCUGAAGUUUCCAACUUAACGGUCCAUUUAACUCAGUUGCAAUGGCACCACAAUCACAUUGAAAAAAAUGCAGUAUGCCAAGAGGAAUCAUGGUUUGACUCUACAAGUAUUUUGGAUUCUGAUUCAGAUGAUGACUUUAUUAGCGUUCAUGGAGAUGGCUUACCGGCUGUAAACAAUGCGAUUGGGGCUCAGGUUCUUCAGUAUGAAAAUGCUUCAAGGUUUGUAGAUGCAAUGUGUAGGUAUGAGGAAUGUGGUGAUAGCACUCCGAUAGCUCUUGUCGUUGAAGAGAUAUUUAAAAGAGAAGAAGGCAAAACUGAGGUUUUAAGCCAAGAUGAUGACAAGGACACUGAUAGUGAUUUUGGCACAAUCACUAAUAAUGGUAGCUUUAAUAUUUUAAAUAAGGAUGAACAGGGAGCAGAAGGAUAUUGUAAUGAGAACACCUUGAAGCAGACAACAUCAACUGAUAUACGAGGUUUAGCUCCUUCUGUCAGUUUUAGUGAUAAGAUUCCACAAAUUCCAAAUGCAAGCCCUCUCGCUCCAAAAAGAAAAUCAGCAGUUAUUAAGCUUUCGUUCAAGAGAAAAUCUUGUGAGGGAGAAGAAACUAUGGAAGUUUGUGCAUCAAAAAGAUUCUUGUAUCAGCCUAUAGCAGGACUAUCAAUUCCAAAUGGAGAUAAACUAACACAGGGAUGCUGGUCAUUUCUUGAACCGUCAACCUUUAAGCUCCGCGGAGAGAGUUAUUUCAGGGACAAGAAGAAAGCUCCUGCACCAGAUUAUGCUCCUUAUACACCAAUUGGUGUCGAUUUAUUUAUGUGCCCUCGCAAAGUAAAUCACAUUGCACAGCACAUUGAACUUCCAUCUGUGAAGGGGCAUGACAAAGGUCCUUCAUUACUGAUUGUUAAUAUUCAACUACCUACAUAUCCUGCUGCAAUGUUCCUUGGUGACAGUGAUGGAGAAGGGAUGAGCCUUGUUUUAUAUUUCAAGAUAUCUGAUAAUUAUGACAAAGAAGUUCCUUCUAAUUUCCAGGAUAUCAUUAGGAAAUUUUUAGAUGAUGAGAAUGAAAGGGUCAAGGGAUUUCCCAUGGACUCCAUUGUUCCUUUUAGAGAACGAUUGAAAAUAAUGGCUGGGGUCGUUAAUUCAGAGGAUCUCCAUCUGAGUGGUACAGAAAAGAAGCUCGUACAAGCUUAUAAUGAAAAACCAGUACUUUCACGCCCGCAGCAUAAUUUCUACCAGGGUUCAAAUUACUUUGAGAUUGACUUGGAUAUUCAUCGGUUCAGCUACAUAUCAAGAAAAGGACUUGAAGCUUUUCGAGAACGCUUGAAACAUGGGAUACUUGAUGUGGGUUUAACCAUUCAGGCUCAGAAGCAGGAAGAAUUACCGGAGCAUGUCCUUUGUUGCCUGCGACUGAACAAAAUAGAUUUUGCAAACAAUGGGAAGAUACCCACACUUGUGACCAUUAAUGAAGACUAAUGUUGAAGACAAAUCUGUUGUCGCUAUUUCAAACCCAAUAAUCGAUUCAAAUAGUGUAGAAGAGGAGCUUGGAGGAAGAAUCAUCAUCUGCAAGCACCUGCAUUCACAUUGUACCUAUCAAUAGGAAGAUGAAGUUGCCUGUAAUCUCAAUGUAAUAAUGGUCGCAUCACACAUCCUCCGAAGAGCUGAUGCCUUCUAGCAAUGUAAAGCGAGAGAUAUCUUAUAUUAUUUGCAUCAGAAACAGGGAAGGUCAGAUAACAGUUGAGAAGAAGUUAAGCACAUCUGUAGAAAAUCCAGCGAGAAAACAGUUAGGACUUGUAUGUGUAAAAGUAAAUAUGUAACCUUUUAAUUCAAUGAAAUUCUUAGGUGUUGCUCUUUGAUUCAAUGAGCUUCAGUUUUGCAACA